GCAGGACUCUUGUAUUCUGCUGCGUUCACUGCAGUGAUAACAGAUGCCUUAAAACUUGCAGUUGGCCGGCCUCGGCCAGACUUCUUUUGGCGUUGUUUUCCAGAUGGCAAAGAUGUGUAUGAUCAAUGGGGAAAUGUCAUUUGUCACGGUAAAAGAAGUGGCAUAAAUGAAGGGCACAAGAGUUUUCCUAGUGAACAUACUUCAUGGUCCUUUGCGGGUCUUGGUUUCUUAUCACUCUAUUUAGCUGGGAAGAUAAAAGCAUUUGAUCACAAAGGUCAUGUUGCAAAACUGUGCAUCGUCUUUCUCCCGCUUCUUGUUGCAUCUCUUGUUGGCGUUUCAAGAAUAGAUGACCACAAGCAUCACCGGCAGGAUGUCAUUGCCGGAGGCCUCCUAGGGAUUACUGUAGCAGUGUUUUGCUAUUUGCAGUUCUUUCCACCUCCAUAUCAUGCUCAAGGUUGGAGGCCUUAUGCUUCCUCUGAGGAUGUUCCCACAAGGCAGGCCACAGAGACUCAAAACGAGAGCCGUCUGGAUGGGAGGAGCAGCGGCAUUGGAUGCAUACCACCUACUGCCAGUCGGGCACCGCAAGACAUGGAAUCAGGUGGAAGGUGAUUCUGUUCGGCUACAGGCACUUUUUAUUAUGUUUCAGGAGCGAAUGUAGCGUGCUCUGAUGGACAUCAAAUAGCACACUUGGUCCUUUUCCACCCUUGUUCUCACAAUCAGGAUGUCAUUAAUUCUUUUUUCUUUACUGAUCUAUGUUGGAUCCAAUUUUUGUAGCUUCUACAGUCAUUUCGGCGAGAUUAAAGAGAACACAGAUGCAUAUAGAUGGUCUAUUUUAUCAUCACAGAAUGUUCUUCAUCUGUUGCUCCAGAUGUGAACGUCUCUAAA